GUCGUAUUGCGUCCACGCCUCUACAACCGCGUCUCUAUUCCCCAUAUUAAGCAUUUUCCUCGUUGUAUAUAGUAAAUUAAUUUAAAUAAACAUGCCCACAUAAAAGUUAUGUUCAUUAGUGUCGUGUUUACAACAUAGUUAAAGUGUGUUGUGAUUAGAAAUGCAUUGUAUAAUUAAUUCACUAAUAUAAAUUCGUUUGAAUAACAUGCAAAUUUGUGAUGUCAUAAAGAACAUUUUAACAUAGUGUUACAUAUAUGAGGAAGUUGUUAGACACUCGAUACACUUAGGAAAGCUACCGGUUAACUCAUUUUAAAGUGUUGUUGAUCAGUGUGCAUAUUUGUGAAUCAAAUAAUCGACUCGCUGUGUAUUGCAUCUAUUAAUCGGAAUCGAAAUCGCGUAAUCACUGGGUCCGGAAUAUCAGUGAUGCCGGUUUGCGGAUAGCUGCGUCUACAAGUGUGUCGCGUCUGAUUUCACCGUCGUCACGCACGUUCGCGCGUCUCUCGUGCUCGUUAGCGAUUCGCUUUGAUUUCGAUUAAGCCGAUUGGAAUCGGAUUUGUAUGAUAUAUCUACUUGAUAUGGUAACGCAGCAGUGAAAGUAUUCGUAAUGUGGCGCUCAGCUGGGCAGACGUGACGUCACACAAUAUGGGCCAGUGGCCAUGUGGAGAAUAUGCGGCGUCAGCAAAGUCCAGCCCGUACAUUUUGCAGAUGCAAUCGAUGAUGAUUUUCAGCCGACAUGGCGGUUGUGGGGCGAGGAGCGUGUGGACGGCGCGAUAUACACCGUUUAUUUGAAGAAAGUUCGAUACCAUCGACCUACUAGGAGUGCUUCCAGUGAGUCGGAUGACGAGAUCUCGCACUUGGAGUGGGAGACGGUGCGCGUACGCUUCGUGAAAGCGGGCACCGUAGAACGGCUGGUGGAGGCUCUGGCCACCGACGACGGAGAGCUAGAAUCCACCUAUGUCAACGUGUUCCUUGCCACAUACCGUUCAUUCGCGGAAUGCAGCCGCGUGCUGGAUCUGCUCGUGCGGCGGUAUGAGGCGCUCGCUGCGGAGGACACUCUGCCCGCUCACGCCCCCGCCCCACCCGGCGCAGACCACUCCCACCAACAUCGAAAGACUCUGGUGGCAUGUCUCCACGUAUGGUUGGACACCUACCCGGAGGACUUUCGACAACCUCCGCACCACCCCGCACUGCAGCAGCUACUCGCCUUCACUCAGCUUCACUUGCCUGGCUCGGAGCUACAUUUGAAGGUAUUACAGAAGUUAGCUGUGUUCAGUGCAGAGCGCAAUGGCGGUGCGCACGUGGGCGGCGGGGUGUGCCUGGCGCCGGGCAUGCGCCUGUCCGCGCACCACACCAGCACCUACCGCCUGCCGCACGUGCCCCACCGACACUUCGCCGAACAACUCACACGAAUGGACAUGGAGCUGUUCAAGAAGCUGGUGCCUCAUCAAUGUCUCGGUGCCAUAUGGUCGAGGAGAGACAAGGAUCGAUCACACGACGCCGCCACCGUUUUAGCCACCGUCAAUCAAUUUAAUGCAGUAUCUUUUAGAGUUAUAUCGACCAUUCUAGUGGAGCCGAACCUGAGGCCGGCCGACCGUGCGGAGAUACUGGCCGCGUGGUUUGACAUCGCGAGAGAAUUAAGAGUGCUUAAAAACUUUUCAUCGCUGAAAGCGAUCAUCUCCGGGUUACAGAGCAACGCGGUGUACAGGUUAAGAAAAACGUGGGCGCUGCUUCCGAAAGAAAAAUCGGAACUGUUUGAGGAAUUGGCGCGAAUUUUUAGCGAGGACAACAACCGUUGGGCUCAAAGGGAACUUCUGAUGCGCGAGGGGACGGCGAAGUUCGCAGACACGGUCGGUGAAAACGAUCGUCAGCUGCAGAAGCUGUUGCACGAGCGCGGGUCGCCCGGCGUCAGUCACGGCACCAUACCUUAUUUAGGAACAUUUCUAACAGACCUCACCAUGAUCGAUACCGCCAUCCCCGAUACGGUGGCGGACGGUUUGAUAAAUUUCGACAAGCGCCGGAAAGAAUUCGAAGUGCUGGCGCAAAUAAAAUUGUUACAGGGCGCCGCAAAUGCUUAUCAUUUACCAUCGGAUGCGAUGUUCGACAGAUGGUUCGAUUCAGUCAUUAUUCUCGACGAUCGUGAGGCGUACCAACUCUCUUGUCAAAUAGAACCGCCCACGAAUCCCCCCAAAGAGAGGAGGCCGAGAAAAAUCGUCGACAACAACAAUCAGUGUCAUAGGAAAAAUGAUUCCAUCGCUAGCACGAGUUCUAGUAACAGUUCGCAAUUUUACUGCGAAACAGACGGCGCCGCCAACGCCUGGAAGCGAGACAGCCUGGAGAGGCGAACGUCACCCACCAGACUGUCGCAUGGCUCCUCCUCCUCGUCUCUGCCAUCUUUAGAUGUAUCAUUAUCGAGCGCGAACAGUGGGCAGAAGCCGCCGAACGGCAAAGCUCCUGCCACCAGUCCGGCGUAUGCUAAUACACGUAACGGUCCUGAUUUCUACAUAAUCCGUGUGACGUAUGAAUCAGAUUGUGUGGAGACGGAGGGCGUCGUGCUGUACAAGUCGAUAAUGCUGAGCAACAACGAGCGCACGCCGCAGGUCAUCCGCAACGCCAUGCUCAAGCUAAACCUCGACGGCGACCCCGACGCCUACACGCUUGCACAGGUCCUGCCAGAUAGAGAAAUGGUGCUCCCUGCUAAUGCGAAUGUGUAUUACGCAGUAAACACAGCAUAUAAUCUCAAUUUCAUACUGCGUCCACGUAAAUCACAGCAAGCAGAACCUGUAGCUAACGGAAAACCAAAAAACAAACGAAAUUGAAUACAAAAAAAA